GUGGUGAAGGCAUGCAAUGAGGGCGUCAGGAAAAUGAGCCGCACGGAACAGAUGAUCAGCAUUCAGAAGAAGAUGGAGUUCAAGAUCAAGUCGGUGCCCAUCAUCUCCCACUCCCGCUGGCUGCUGAAGCAGGGUGAGCUGCAGCAGAUGUCAGGCCCCAAGACCUCCAGGACCCUGAGGACCAAGAAGCUCUUCCACGAAAUUUACCUCUUCCUGUUCAAUGACCUGCUGGUGAUCUGCCGGCAGAUUCCGGGAGACAAGUACCAGGUAUUUGACUCAGCUCCGCGGGGACUGCUGCGUGUGGAGGAGCUGGAGGACCAGGGCCAGACGCUGGCCAACGUGUUCAUCCUGCGGCUGCUGGAGAACGCAGACGACCGGGAGGCCACCUACAUGCUAAAGGCGUCCUCUCAGAGUGAGAUGAAGCGCUGGAUGACCUCGCUGGCCCCCAACAGGAGGACCAAGUUUGUCUCGUUCACAUCCCGGCUGCUGGACUGCCCCCAGGUCCAGUGCGUGCACCCAUACGUGGCUCAGCAGCCAGACGAGCUGACGCUGGAGCUCGCCGACAUCCUCAACAUCCUGGACAAGACUGACGACGGGUGGAUCUUUGGCGAGCGUCUGCACGACCAGGAGAGAGGCUGGUUCCCCAGCUCCAUGACUGAGGAGAUCUUGAAUCCCAAGAUCCGGUCCCAGAACCUCAAGGAAUGUUUCCGUGUCCACAAGAUGGAUGACCCUCAGCGCAGCCAGAACAAGGACCGCAGGAAGCUGGGCAGCCGGAAUCGGCAAUGA